AUAUAUACUCAUACACACAUCUGUGAUACAUUCAACUCAUUGACAGCGUCACUCUCAGCACAAGUUGGGGAAAAUGGAGUUACAUAUAUUAUGCAUACUUUUGGCUAUACUGAGUGCUGUCGAUGCACGAUUAAAUCUAAAAAAGAAGAAUACUGUAUUUGAUCAAGCCCUUUACGAAGAGGUGUUGGAUCCUGAGCUAUGCCAUCAACAAGUCACGUAUUUGAGCAGUGAUACGUUACUUAUGCUAAGAUUUAUCGACGCUGGAUUACGACUACCGAGAUCUGUACUAAUGGUUAACUUAGCAGACCUCGGCAACUACCAUCAAUGUCUUGGGAUCGACGAAGUUAGAGCAGAUCAUGAAAUAAAAGGAAAGUACUGCAUGUUGCGCAUACCGCUGAAACAAGAUUUCGACAUCGACAUAAUUCCUGGCCUUUCAGCAGACAAUGUCGAUGAACUGCUGAAUAAAAGAAUCAAAGAGGCUCAAAAAUCACUUGAGGUUGAGAAAAUGGUACAACAUUUGAGAGGUGACUUUGAAUGGUCGGAUGCAGACGAUAUCCUCUCCUUUCUGUCACUCCGGCUGGCCGUGUGUAUCCCGAGGCCGUGCAGCGUGCAGCAAGCGAUGACGUCGGCGCUGUUCAACCUCUCCGCCGUGGGGUUCCAGUUCGAAGAGGACUUCUGUCGACUGCCUGGCGACAAGCCCUGGAGCCCAGCCGAUUACACUGCUAUCGUUUUGUUUUCUGUCAUCGGAUUGAUUACGGUAUUGAGCACGUGUUAUGACUUGAAUCACUGUUUAAUCCUCAAACAAGAUCCAAAACAAGCUAACGUACUAUACAGGUCUUUUUCCAUUUACACCAAUGCAAAAAGACUGACUUCUUUUCCGUCCAAUUCCAUCCAAUGUUUAGACGGAAUAAGAACCUUGGCUAUGCUCUGGGUGAUCGUCGGACACGCAUUUGCUUCGGAAAAUUUCAUAAUCAAUCUAUGGGAUGUUGCAAAUUGGAUUGCCAGUGCCAAGUCUAUUUGGAUUAUGUUAGCUCCAUAUACUGUGGAUACAUUCUUUUUCAUUACCGGUAUUCUGCUUGUCUAUACCAUAGCUGGAAAACUCACAGGAGCUGGUCUGAUAAAGAACCUUCACCUCUUCUAUCUGAACCGACUCCUCCGGCUGUUUCCCCUUUUAGGUUUAACGGUGCUGCUCCAGGCCUCUCUCUUGAACCACAUGUUCGAUGGGCCAUACUGGAUCAAUGCCGCCCAACAGAUCCACAAUUGCAGGCAGUAUUGGUGGACUACAUUACUGUACAUUCAAAAUUAUGCGACACCUUCAUCUAUGUGUUUGCCCCACAGCUGGUACUUGUCGAACGACAUCCAACUACACAUCAUCUCCCCGGUGGUCCUGUACUGGGUUCUCAACAAGAACAGGAAAGUUGCUUGGACUGUUCUCACCGUAACGUUGUGUAUUUUGUUUUCAACGACAACUUACUACAACGCUUACAAACAGUUCCCUAGCCACCAUGUUAUACUUAGACCGAAUGUAGAGGAUUACAUGGAAAACUAUUAUAUGAACACUUUCACAAGAGCGGCUCCAUAUUUCGUCGGAAUGAUAUUCGGAUACAUUCUCCACACGUGGAAAGGAAAAACACCUAAAAUUCACCCUGGACUAGUGGUACUGUUCUGGACCCUCACGUUCACCAUCUUCGGCCUGAUCGCGUACGCCAUACACGAGGUGAUUCAGCCUACAUUCGACAACCUCGUGGUGGACGCCAUCAUGGCCACUUACAGCCGCUCGGCCUGGGCCGCGGCUUUGGGGUGGAUGAUUUUCGCGUGUAUCCAUGGUUAUGGAGGUCCGAUCAAUUGGUUCCUGAGCCUUGACAUGUGGAAGCUGCCAGCUCGACUGUCUUAUGCGAUGUACUUGCUCCAUUAUCCGUUGCAGUUUACUAUCAACUCUAUAGAAAUAGCUCCAGUAUACUUUGAUGUUGCAGCAUUUACUUUCAAAUCAUUGGCGUACAUUACGCUGACUUUCAUCGUGUCCUUCUUCGCCUGUCUAUUGGUCGAUGCUCCCUGCUCCGUGCUGUUCAAAAUGGUAUUGGGUGGUGGUGUAAAGAAAGAAAAGUCAACAGUGGCGCGCCUCGAAGAUAAUGUAGAAGCAGCCAAGGCAGACCCGCCGUCCGGCGAACUCGCGACAACAAGUUAUAAAAGUAAUGAUAUUAAUACUUAAGUUUUAUAUUAUAGCUAAUUUAUUAGCCAGUAUUUAGGUUUAUAUGUAAUAAAUGUAAAUGAUUAACAAUAUUUGUGAGCUGGACUCAGAAUUAGUAUAAUGUAAGAAACAUUUUAAGUCUCUAGCGUGGUAUUAACAAGUAAAUGGAAAAAGUAAAGUUUAAAAGUAUUCAUAAUAUGAGGUCACCAGGAUUUCGAGAUUCUAUAUCAUAUACAAUACAGCCGUCUCAUACACACAAGUAUCGAAAGUCAAAAUUAGCCCGGUGGUACUUAGUUCCGAAGAUAACUGUGUUCUAGCAAUCAAAUAUAGGUAUAUUAACAGUAGGUACUCACUUCAGCUUAGAACUUUAAACAGAUAAUGUAAAUUUGAUUUAAAAACGAUGUCCUUAUGUAUGGAAUUAAUUGAUCUGUGCCUAAGUUAUAAUUUAUUAUGUAUGAUAAAUGAAGAAUAUCAUAAGAAUAUUAUACCAGUUCAUAUUAUAAUAGUUUUAGAGAGAUCACUUUCAACACAAAUAUUUUUUUCUAAGUCUUUAAAAUUUGCAUGAAUAUGGUUCAUUGUUAUAUCGUAUAUGGUUGUACGUGUUACUAUUAAAGCCACCAGUCUACUUUGACAUAAAAUUUAACAUGCGCCAAUACUGCAUUUUGUCCAAACAUACAUACCUAAGUUAAAGUAGACUGGUGCUAUUAAUGGCUGGUUUAACGUUUUACAUAUAUAAAAUUAAUAAGGGGAGAUGUGCAAUGAACUUUGUUAUGAAAUACGCACGAAUUGACACUUCAUAUAUUUCAAGUCAUAAAUAUAAUAACAAUUUUGCAAACUUUAAAAAUUAAUUAUGUAUGUAUAUUAAUAUUUACACAUAAAAUGUAAUUCCAUCUUUCACCAUGUUAACUUUGCCAAUAGUAUUUUUACAAAUAACCACUGAACAAGCCUGCAUUUUGUGAAAAGUCGAAAGAUGUUGACACAGACGCGUGUAAACUUACUAGACUGACGGCGGAAAUCUGAACUAGGUAUGUACGUACAGCUCUUACACCGCUUGUUCAUACGAGCCGGGCUAUGACAAAUCUAUUUUAUACAUAUAUAUUUCUUUUAUCUAUGGUUUUACCUAUAUACAAAUGUAACAAAUUAUGCUAGCGCAGUAUUGCGAAUAUAUUUCGUAGUAUACAAUACAUUACUCAGUCCCAUUUGAUGGAAAGUAUCAGUAGCCGGCAUCCGUGCAUCUUAGCUUUUAAGGUAA